CUCUGAAUACCUUGAACGAAUUUGCACGGCAUGAUCUAGUAUUCCAAGGAGCUACAGCUCAUUCGUCCUGGCCCCAUGCCGCUUUGCGGUACCCUGGUCAUCCCGUUUGUUCCUUCCUUUCCUCCAAUGCCACUCCCCAAUUUCCUUCUUCUCAAACUCCAACACUACCACAUUCAAACUUCGCUUUGGCUCUACGAAUUCUGCAAGAUCACAAUUCUCUACAAGCCCAAAUCGAAGACUCUUCAAAUACUCAACACUCAGAACCAACACCAUGCCUCCCGCCAAGAACACCUCCUCUUCCUCAUCGAAGACCACCAACAAUGGCUCGUCCACCAAGGCUACUUCUACAACUCAGCCAGACGAUAAGUCCUACAACAGCUUCUACAAGGAGGGUGGUUGGGGCAACAUGAAGAACUUCGCAGAGUCCCACGGGCUGAGAUUAGACAAACACGAGGACAUCGAGGAGGCGAAGGCAAUCCGCGAUGGCUACAGAGAGCAAGAUCAGCGUGCUUGGGAGGAGGCGCAGGCAGCAAAGGGUGGAAAGAAUUAGGAGAGACGCUGGUUUCUGAUGGGUAUCCCAGCAACGGCGAGAGAG